GUGUUCGAACCUAUGCGCCCCAUGAAUUGUUCGGAAGAGAUUCCCCGAUGCCCUUUUUUGAGGAAAUCCAUCACGAUUCUGAACCUAUAAGAACUGACGAAAAGCAAGAAACUCAUACUAUUGCUACAGCAAAACUACUCGAAUCAGAACUUAAGAAAACACUUGAAAUGUUAUGUCAGGCAAUCUUCUCUGGUGCAAAACCAGAAGGCGAAAUUGAAAUGCGAUGGACUCCAACAUAUUUUCCGUUUACUCAUCCAUCUUUUGAAUUGGAAGUUUUGUUUGAAGAUAAAUGGUUGGAGGUUCUUGGAUGUGGAAUAAUGGAACAAAGCCUUUUGGAUUCGGCAGGAGCGGGAGAACGUGUUGGAUGGGCUUUUGGAUUGGGUCUUGAACGUCUCGCAAUGAUCCUUUAUGGCAUUCCAGACAUUCGUCUCUUUUGGUCGAAAGAUACAGGCUUUAUCAAUCAAUUUAAAGGACUAAGUCCCUCAGAUGUUGUAAAAUACAAAGAAAUUAGCAAACAGCCACAACUUUUUAUGGAUAUUUCUUUUUGGUUGCCAGAACACUUUGAAGGAGAUUCUAGUAUUGAAUCAUUACGUUCUGAUGUUUUUGAUGUUAUUCGUAUGAUUGGAGGCGAUUUGAUCGAACAGGUUUCAUUGUCGGAUGAAUAUUUAAAUAAGAAGACUGGACGUAAAAGCCAAACUUAUAGAAUUACCUACCGAAGUAUGGACCGUCCACUUUCCAAAGAAGAAGUUAAUGUUAUUCAUAAGAAGAUUGAAUCUUAUUUAGUUGACAAAUUUGGAAUGGAUAUUCAAAGAAAAAACGUUUGCAUGGAUGAGCCUAUUUUAGCACUUAUUUCUCUUACAUUAUUUGUUGGCUCCUAUUUUGCUGGAUGCAUUCCUUUGUUUUUUACUUUGAAUGAGAAAAGAAUUCGAAUUGCGAGUAUAUUUGGUGCGGGUCUUUUAGUCGGUACUGCUCUUUGUGUAAUAAUUCCUGAAGGAGUUUCUGCACUUUUGGAGUCAUCCAAUUCUCAUUUAGAGAAUCAACAAAUAAUAAAUCAGCCAGUACAAGCAAAACUUUCUGAACAAAUGGCUUUGAAUAUACCAAAACCUGCAGUAGUUCCUAUUGUCAAUGAUGAUCAACGAUUGAGGAAUCAGCGAAAUGAAGGAAAAGUUGAUAAUAAAAAUAAGGAUAAAAACGUUGCACCAAUCGAAAAUAAUAAAAUUAAAGAAGAUGGCAACAAAAAUUUGGCAAAAUUUCCUAAAAAACGUGAAGUCAUAUACAAUAAAAAUCAUCCAGAUAAACAUUUUGAUGAAAGGCAGCAUAAAAAUGGUAUUGAUGGAAAAAUUGGUUUUCCUCUUCUGAUUGGAUUUUUAUUUAUGUUUGUGAUUGAACAAUUAACAAAAAUGGGGACAUAUGGCAGAAAUAAUAGUAAAAGUGUCUCUACAAUUGGAUUGGUUAUUCAUGCAUUUGCUGAUGGAAUAGCUAUGGGAAGCGCGUCAAGUGCCGGAUCCAAAUUGGAAAUGCAAAUGCUUGUUUUUGUUGCUAUUAUGUUACAUAAGGCCCCUGCAGCAUUUGCCCUAACCAGUAUUCUUUUGGCACAAGGCCUUGACAAAUUGAGGAUACGCCGGCAUUUGCUGAUAUUUUCGUUGGCUGCUCCAAUUGGAACUGUUGUUACCUACGCUUUACUUCAAAUGACUUCUGGAACAGUUGAAGGACCUGUGACUGGAGAAACACUUCCAUCUUCGAAUGUUACUGGCUUAAUUUUGCUUUUUUCUGCGGGCACUUUUCUUUAUAUUGCGACUGUUCAUGUUAUGCCAGAAUUAAUGGAAUCCCGAUGUUCUUCAAUCCAAAAUUCUGGAAUGAAUGGAAGUCGAGAAUUAUUACUUGGAGGACUAAGUACUUCACAAUCUUCCGGGAGACCUUCAAUCUUUGAUAUUUUAAUUUUCUGUGUUUCUGCAUUGAUUCCUGCUUUCAUUUCUUCAGUAAGUCAUGGAGGACAUGGACAUUAAUUUUGGUGAUUUUUUAAAUUUUGUUUUUAUAUUGUAUUAAUAUUCUAAAGAAAGUUAAGACUGGGAAGGGAUCUGAUUGAAUAUAUAAACAAAUUCUAAAAAGUCUAACAAAGCUGUUUCGAAAUUUCUGAACAUUUUUAAUGAAAACACUUUGCUAGUGUUGUAAAACUCCUGAAACUGGAUGCGUA